CUCGAGACGCGCUUGAAACGCCUCACGACGCAGUCUCCCGUGGUGCUGUUCAUGAAGGGCGACCGCGACGCGCCGAGGUGCGGGUUCAGCGCGAAGGUCGUCGCCGCGGUGAACGAGACCGGGGUGGCGUACUCGACGUUCGAUAUUUUAUCCAGCCCCGAGAUCAGAGAGGGCCUAAAGGAGUACAGCGACUGGCCGACGUACCCGCAGCUGUACGCGAACGGCGAGCUCGUGGGCGGGUGCGACAUCGUCCUCGAGAUGGCGAGCGGCGGGACGUUGACGGACGCGCUU